CCAGACCGCUUUUCUUCGUGCGUUGGGCUUAUCUGAAGAGCUCAGCACGAUCCGAAUGGGGGCGAACCAGUCUGUCAACGGCGACUCGGAUUCAGGAUCAGAUGAGGAAGAGGAGACGCGGAGAGGAGAGGACGAGGAGGAUGAGGGGGACGAGGAGGAGGAGGAUCGCGGCAGCGCUGAUGGCGAGUCACGCGAAGGCGUAGACGAGGACGAAAAGCCGCAUGGUGAACGUCGCGGGAAUUUACCAGCAGGAGGGGAACGGGGAAGGGGUCUCGUGGGACAAGACGGAAGGUCUAGGGCGGUGGUUGUUGCGCGCCGAGGGCUUAAUUCUGAGUCCAGUCAAUCGGCGCAGCCCCAAAAGCAUCAAUACUCCGACAAUUCGAAAGACCUAACAGCAACCGGUUCAGGAGGGAGGCUGGGUGAUGCAGGGCCAACGCAUGGCCUGAAUGGAAAUGGCACCAGGGAAACCAGGAGCGCCAGAAGAAGCGCUGGUGACCCUUCCAGUACCAGUGCUGCUGCUGCUGGUGAUGGCGAUGGUGCUGGUGCUGGUGCCGGUGGGGUGUUGCUAUUGGAGCAGGAACCGGAGGUAAGUCCGUUUCGGCAGUCUCAGCUGCCAGUGGAACCACAGCAUAAUUCCCCUCAGUCCUCUCUCUCCGACCCCACACCCCCUGACAUGCCGCCUUCUGUCCGCCUCUUGCCUCCCACGGCCGCCCCCGCUGCCGUUGCUGAUGCUGAUGCUGGCACUGCUGUUGGUGCGGCAUUGGAAGGGUUUGUUAACAGGAGAGUGGGUGCUGAUGCUGCAACCGAUGCCAGCUCCGGCAGUCGCAGCCGUACCAGCAGCGCGGGAAGCAGCAGCAGCAGCAGCAGCGAUGGUUUUGGCGGGAAGCUGGGAGGGGAGAGCAGCGAUGGCGCUGAAAGUCGCAGCAGCGUGAGCCUUAGCCCCAGUGGUGUUGACGGUGCCAGAUUCGCCACCAGCCGGAGUCUCGCCAGUAGCUUGGGAAGCCCCGAGGAGCUUUCGCUGAGUCACAUGCUUAAGCCUAGCCCCGCCGUUGUUGACGCUCUAGCAGCGAUGGAGGGGGAAGGAAAGGGGAAGAGAGGGAGAGCAGGAGAGAAGGAACAGUGGUUGUUGGCUGCUGAAGUGCUGGUGAAUCCAGUGAGUAACGGAGUUAUUGUGGCGGCUGUUGGGGUGACGGGUUCAGAUGAUCCUGCUGCGGCGAAUGAUGCUGCUGCUGCUACUACCACUGCUGUUGCUGCUGCUGCUGGUAGCAGUGGUGGAAAUCUGACGAAUGGGGAGAAGCAGGAGGAGGGUAGUGGGCAGGGGGGAGCAGCAGCAGCAGGAGAGGCGUCGCAGGCGUGGCAGGGGUUGAUGGAUGCACAGGUUGAUGUGAUGAGCGUGUCCCGCCCGCUCUCCUCGCACCCCUUCCUGCACGCCUCCUUCACUCCCAGCGACUACUCCACUGAGUUCUACAUCAUUCGGCACGGGGAGGCAGCGCACAACGUGUCAUCACUCAUUGGAGGCCGCUCCCAUGACGCCCCGCUCACAGCGCUGGGGCAGCAGCAGGCGAAGCUGCUGGGGGCGUUCCUGCGGGACUACGCGGGGUUGCGCUUUGACGCCAUCUUCUCCUCGCCCAUUGAGCGCUCCAAGCAGACAGCUCUCAUCGUCUGCCAGGAGAUAGGGGAGGCGGAGAGCCGCAUUCAGUAUUCGGACGAGCUGCAGGAGCUGUCGCAGGGGACGUGGGAGCGGCAGCCGCGGCGGGCCAUCUACCAGCAGGGCGUGCUGGAGCAGAUGACUGCCGCGCAGCCUGACUUCCGCGCCCCUGGGGGGGAGUCCCAACGCCAGGUGGGUGGGGGGAGGGAGAGAUGGAGGAGUGAGAGGGGAGGGAGUGGGGAAGCAGGCGGAGAGGAGCAGGGGGAAAGUUUCUUUGUGUCUGUGGAGUUCCGCAUGGUGGAGUUCAUCAGCAGUGUGCUCUUCGCCUUUUGA